AUGGAUACCGAGUUCACCAGUUUUGCUCAGAGUCAGGACAUCCUUGCUACGCUUACACAUCGACAACCUGGUAUCACCGGUGAAAGAGAACCAUGGGUUCGUGAGUUCAAGUGUGACAGAGUUUCCUUCGACGCUGUACUUGAAUCUCCCGUCCGCUGCUCAGGAAGCAGCACAGGCUCUCGCUUGUUACCUUCUUUACGAGAAGAGUACGCAGAUUUCGCUCAACUGGGCCCAAUAUCAUUCCCCACUCCGUUGCUCGAGACAUCAAAUGGUAUUGAAUUUCUUUUUGGCAGGUUUUUCAAAGUAUUCCGGCGACUUUCAUGUUCACCUAGCAUUGCGAACAUGAAGGAAUUCAUGCAAGUGCUGGGCUUACUAGAAUUCGCUGGUAUGGAAGUUGGCAUGACAGAUGAAGUGGCUUCGUCCUAUCGUACCCUUCUGUCACGAUUUUUAUUGAAACUUGGGUCCCUCGGGACGGCGGUAUCUGCUCUUCCAGUUAACGCUUGUUCGCAGGGGGGGGGGAGGAUAUGUGUGUUUGACAGUCGCGACAACGCUCAGAUUGCUUCUGGAUGGCUUGGCAGUAUCGGCGGAAAGAACAUGCCUUCUGAUGAGAUUAUGGCGCGAUUUGUACUAGUUGCUGGAAUGGGAGACCUGCUGUGCGACACAGCCCUUCUACCCACAUGCAAAGUUCUUCUUUCGUUCAUACAGAAGUAUGAUGUGAGAGGUCUAGUGAAAAUACGGUACGUUAUAAUUUAG